AUGAACGCUACUAAUUCGCACCCUAAGGACAAAUUACCACCUGAAAAACUUGACAUAGCCAUCAACUCAUUAAUCAAAAGCAUCGAAGAGAACGUGUUAGAUCAACAGAAGUUAGAUGAGUACGAUACGCUUGCAAUUUGCGGAGGUUCUAAAGUAUCCGGUGACAUCUNACUUGACAUAGCCAUCAACUCAUUAAUCAAAAGCAUCGAAGAGAAUGUUAUCCAGCUACUUCGACCUAAUACGUGGCUAAACUCUUGGACCAUAUAUGCCGCGAUGUCAAUAUCGGACAGACCAUGGUAUGUUAGAUAUGGUUUGAGCAUCCCAUUAUAUGAGGAUGGAUCUGAAAAGAAAAAAAAGGCGAAGGAUCCAUUAGCAAGCUGGGCUAAGGAGAUCGAAGAUGAUCGGCGAAAAAUUGGAAAUGCUCCAAAUUUCUCAACGUCUUUGGUUUAUUACCGUCCUAUCAACCAUGGGGAUCAUUUUUCUCUUCUUGAAGUCAACGAAAGGAAGAGGAUGAUCCGCCACUAUGAUUCAAAUGCGAGCAAAGAUAUCAUCAACGGCACAAAAACAACUUGGAUAUCAAAGCUAGCCCAAAAAGCAUUUGGGAAUCUUGGUUUUUCAUAUGAAGAAACUGUAAGGCAUAUUGACCUACUAGGAUUUCUACUAUAG